AUGGUUCUCAGGACUCUGGUGGCCUCCGGGGCCUUGGUGCUUGCGUUGUCGCCAACGGCACUCGCGACGGCCGAGUUUGGUCCCAGCGUCGAGGUAGCGGACGAGCGCGGACACCAGAUCUUCAAUUCGAUCUUUGACUCGCUGCGCAAAUGGGGGCAGACGGUGCAUCCUAACGGCAUGUCGUUCUUCCUGGCCACUGUGCCCGAGGGCAUCCUCUUCCACCACGGCAACGACCGCAAUGCGACGCCGACGAGCCUCGACUGGAUGGCGUACGAGAUCGAGCACGCCGAGAUGUUUGCCCGGAGCAAGAUGGGAGGACCGGGCAGGGGCCCCCCUGGUGAGCCACCUCGAGAUGACUGGGCUGAGAACAGGCUGCAGGCAGCUCUAGGUGGUGACGACAGGAAGAAGUCUUACGGCUGGCUGCACACGUACCGCACUACGCGGCCGCUGCAGUUCCUGUACAUUGACGGCAUGAGCGGGAACAAGGACGACACGGGUGUGAUUGACACGCAGGACCUGAUAUUGCGGCUCGCGGGUGCCACCGAGACGACGAGGGAGGCAGUCCCGGAGACGACACGGCGGCCUGGUCCUCCCGGCGAGAACCAGCGGGCCCUCGACCUAUGUGCGCUGUGUGCGGAGUGGGGGCUGCAAGGAGUGAUCCGCACCGAGAGCCCGGGCAUCGAGAUCAUCAAGUGCGACUUCUUUGACGGCCUGGAAGAAGUGCAAUCGGUACGACGAUUGGAUGGUGGGAUGAGUGGACCUGGUGGUCCCGGAGGAGGUCCAGGGGAUGGUCCUGGAGGUCGGCCUGGUGGUGGUGGUCCCGGUGGCGGUCCUGGUGGAGGCCCUGGAGGUCCAGGGUGGCGAAUGACGCCAUCAAGCCCCGAGGAGAGCUUCCGGGAUGUCGGAGGACGGACGUUGCUGGACUUUUCGGCCAUGGUGUCGGCCUUUUUCUUCCCGGUCGACCUGACGAACCCAGACGUGCCGGACGCAGCCGAGGGCUCUCGGCUUCCGCGGCUGGUCAACACUAGCGCCACACAGCGGGCAGCCAUGCGGGACUACCUUGCGGCGACGAUCGGGACCCGUCGCGGCUCGAUGCCACAGGCAGCGGCGCACUGGCGCGACGUGGCCGAUCUGAUCGUCCGGCGCUACGCGCCACGGCUGGCAGUCAUGGCCAAUGCAACGGCUUCGGCCGACGAGCUGGCAGCUGGUGCUCGCUUCCUGCUCAGCGUCUACGAGAACUACGCUGAGCCGGACAGACAGCGACGUGACCGUGUCGCCCGCCAGCACUGCACCGACUUCUACCUCCAGAUUAGGCCAGUGGUCACGCAGGCUGACCAGCUGGUGCGAGCUAGCUUCGCGGCCGUCACGGCAGAUAUUUGCGGCACGCUGUUCGAUGUCAAGGGCGCUCUCGACUCGACCAGACCGACGGUCGACGACGUCAUUUUGCCAGUGGCCCGCAAGGCCGUGCAGCAACUUGUCCAGCGGCUGGACUGGAGCGUGUUUGCAGCAGAGGGCGGGCUGCUGGAGAUGUAG